CCUGCCUCGGGUGGCGGGUGGGGGGUGCACACGGAAGGUAGAAGGGAAAACAGGGAGGGUUUGAGGAGCACAGCGCAUCGGGGUGAGCAGCCUCGCCCUGGCCUCGGAUCCCUGCGACCCUAGCUGCUCGCGCCAGCCCGCAGCUGCCGCACCGAUGCGCUGUCCGCGGUGCUGACGCCGGCUGCCCGCUCGGUCGGGAGGGGGAGAAAACGCCCUCGUUCUCCGGUAGCUCGGAGCCCAGCGAUCGCCUCUUCCCGAUUCCCGGUUUCCAAUGGAACCCGCUGCUUCCUGGCGCCGCGGUUCUAUCCAGAGCAAAUGAGUUAGCGAAGGAGGAACUUAAACUUCGGACUAGAGCCCGAGAACCCAGUGUCGGGGAUUCGCGUCGCGCGGCCCCCAGCCCUGGAGACCUCGGAGCACCACCAAGUUAAGCAAAGUUUCACCGCGGCUUGAGAUAAGAGAGGGACUCCGGAGAAGAAGCGCAGGGAGGGGCAAGACGAGGUUCCCCAGCGGGGUGGUAGCCAGCACCGCAGUCGGACACCUGCUCCGAUGCCCUGCAUCAGUGCCACCAGAGCCACCGGGAGGCAUCGCAGCAGCCCAACUCUCCACCCCCUCCCUCCCGUCCCUACUCACCCCUCCCCACACCCCGCCCCGGGCGCCAGUGACUCCGCCUCUCCCUGCCGGGCGGCUCUUCGGCUAGAGCUGAGAAAGGAGCGCUUCCCCGGACUCGGCUCGGCUCCGAGGCUCCGAAGCCGACGCCGCCAGCUCAGCUCCGGGGGCGGGAGCAGGACUGCCCGCGCAACCCGCACAUAGGAGCCACCGAGCCCGAACGACUCAUGGGACGCCCCCGGGGGCUCUCUACGUGCCUGGCUGCAGCGUCCCGGUCCUAGGCGCCCGGGCUCCACGGCCCAUCCCGCCCGCAGCCCGCGGCCUGUUUGGAGAGGAGUAUGAGGCCCGGGGCCCCGCGGACGCCGGCCACGGGGCGGCAGGGGCCUAGCUGCGGAGCCCCGCGCCCGAGGGCGGCGGGUAAGGAGCCGCAGGAGCCGGCGAGGCGUCGGGGCGCGGAGACAAGCGCCCCUGCCUGGGCACCCGCUGGGCCGCAAGACUCGCGUGUGGCCUGAGCGCCCGGGAGGAGGCAGAGGCGCCCCUCCGUCCGGGCUCUGGGAAGGCGGCGAGGGGCUCCGCGGCGGCCCCGGACCCCUGGCCACCAUCCUCACGUUCCUGCUCCCGCCGGGGGGAUGUCGCGGCCCGGGCCCCGAGCGCCGCCUCGGCCCCGGGGCUGAGCUCCGGACCAUGUCCUCCCGCAGCCCCCGGCCCCCGCCCCGCCGUAGCCGCCGCCGCCUGCCGCGCCCCUCCUGCUGCUGCUGCUGCUGCCGCCGCUCGCACCUCAACGAGGACACCGGCCGCUUCGUGCUGCUGGCGGCGCUCAUCGGCCUCUACCUAGUGGCGGGUGCCACAGUCUUCUCGGCGCUCGAGAGCCCCGGCGAGGCGGAGGCGCGGGCGCGCUGGGGCGCCACGCUGCGCAACUUCAGCGCUGCGCACGGCGUGGCCGAGCCGGAGCUGCGCGCCUUUCUCCGGCACUACGAGGCUGCGCUGGCCGCCGGCGUCCGCGCCGACGCGCUGCGCCCGCGCUGGGACUUCCCGGGCGCCUUCUACUUCGUGGGCACCGUGGUGUCAACCAUAGGUUUCGGCAUGACCACCCCCGCGACGGUGGGCGGGAAGGCCUUCCUCAUUGCCUACGGACUGUUCGGCUGCGCCGGGACCAUCCUGUUCUUCAACCUCUUCCUGGAGCGCAUCAUCUCGCUGCUGGCCUUCAUCAUGCGCGCCUGCCGGGAGCGCCAGCUGCGCCGCAGCGGCCUGCUGCCAGCCACCUUCCGCCGGGGCUCCGCGCUCUCGGAGGCCGACAGCCUGGCGGGCUGGAAGCCCUCGGUGUACCACGUGCUGCUCAUCCUAGGCCUGUUCGCCGUGCUGCUGUCGUGCUGCGCCUCGGCCAUGUACACCAGCGUGGAAGGCUGGGAUUACGUGGACUCGCUCUACUUCUGCUUCGUCACCUUCAGCACCAUCGGCUUCGGGGACCUGGUGAGCAGCCAGCACGCCGCCUACCGGAACCAGGGGCUCUACCGCCUGGGCAACUUCCUCUUCAUCCUGCUCGGCGUGUGCUGCAUCUACUCGCUCUUCAACGUCAUCUCCAUCCUCAUCAAGCAGGUGCUCAACUGGAUGCUGCGCAAGCUGAGCUGCCGCUGCUGCGCGCGCUGCUGCCCGGCGCCCGGCGCGCCCCUGUCCCGGCGCAACGCCAUCACCCCGGGCUCCCGGCUGCGCCGCCGCCUGGCCGCGCUCGGCGCCGACCCCGCGGCCCGCGACAGCGACGCCGAAGGCCGCCGCCUCUCGGGCGAGCUCAUCUCCAUGCGCGACCUCACGGCCUCCAACAAGGUGUCGCUGGCGCUGCUGCAGAAGCAGCUGUCGGAGACUGCCAACGGCUACCCGCGCAGCGUGUGCGUCAACACGCGCCAGAACGGCUUCUCGGGCGGCGUGGGCGCGCUGGGCAUCAUGAACAACCGGCUGGCCGAGACCAGCGCCUCCAGGUAGACCGCCCGUCCGCCCGCGCCGGGACCCUCUCCAGGCCCUGGGGCCGCCGGGCAUGGUUUGCUUCCCUUCUCUCAGUCACUCACUGCUGGCGCUUUCUUAAUCUUUAUCCAAUAAAAUGAAACAAAAAAAAUUUUUUAAAGAAA